ACUUCGCCGCGCACACUCGUACCGAUGCGCGGCUCCUGGGACGAGUCCACGACGGCGGCGCUUCACGCGCGCAUCCUGGAGGCGCACCGCGGGCCCGCGGCGCCCGACCGAGCCGCCGAGCCCGCCAACUGCGCCGACCCGCCGCCGCUGUCCCUGUCCGCGCUCGAGCUCGCCGCGCCGACGCCGCUGCUGCCGCUGCCCACGCUGUCCUUCAGCGCGGCGCAGGUCGCGACCGUGUGCGAAACCCUGGAAGAGAGCGGUGAUGUCGAGCGGCUGGCGCGAUUCCUCUGGUCUCUGCCGGUCGCUCACCCGAACGUCGCUGAGCUGGAGCGCUGCGAAGCCGUUCUUCGAGCGCGGGCCGUGGUAGCGUUCCACGCCGGCCGACACAGAGAGCUAUAUUCCAUCCUGGAGCGGCACCGGUUUCAACGUUCGAGUCACGCGAAAUUACAAGCCCUCUGGCUCGAGGCGCACUAUCAAGAAGCGGAGCGACUCCGCGGCCGGCCGCUCGGCCCCGUCGACAAGUACAGAGUGCGAAAGAAGUUUCCGUUGCCCAGGACGAUUUGGGACGGCGAGCAGAAGACGCACUGUUUCAAGGAGCGGACGCGGUCGCUGCUGCGCGAGUGGUACCUGCAGGACCCGUACCCCAACCCGACCAAGAAGCGCGAGCUGGCGGCGGCCACGGGGCUGACGCCGACGCAGGUGGGCAACUGGUUCAAGAACCGGCGGCAGCGAGACCGUGCAGCGGCCGCCAAGAACCGCUCGGCGGUGCUGGGCCGCGGGUUCGCCUCCUCCUCCACCUACGACGAGGACUCGGCCGACUCGGAGAUCAACGUCGACGAGGAGUGACCGCCGCCCGCCCGCUAGUGUAAAUACAGUGAUAUUAAUUUAUGUCGCCGUCUGUUCGCGGACGUUCAGUGACGAUGCAAUAGACGAAUCUUGUGAUGUGAGCUGUAUAGUUACUAUAAGUUAAAUGUUAAAGUGUUGUGCUUGAGGGCCGCGUCAGGUACGUACUAUUAUAGUGAAUGUUUGCACGAGCAAAUUGCCGAUCUAGCGAGCGCCGGUUAGUCCACAAAUAUUUAUUUGAAUCGUUCUCGAUUUACGAAACUGACCUUUCCGAACGCAUUUAUUUGUGUGUUUACCAAUAUUUCCUAAAGAAUUUAUUUAUCAUAUCAAAUUUUAGUUGUAAACUAGAGUAAGUUGUAGAUAAUUAUGUUCACGGUACGUUAGAGUUAACAGAGGGUACCUGAUCGUAUCUGCUUAUUCAGCCGAUUUGUAAAACGCAACAAUUAUUAUGUUUUAAGUAAUUUAUUUUAUCGGUAAAUAUUAGUUCUUUUAGUAGAGAAAUGCUGUGAUAUGGUGUUAGAUGUAAAUAUUAAAUAGAACUGAACUGAACGACAUUAUAAAACUUGUGAAUAUAGGUAACUCUAGGCCUAUUUGUACAUAAGUUGAACUUGCGUAUGUUGUUGGCCUUAGAUUGAAUACUUUAUUAAAACUUAUUUACCAGA